GUUUUUUUAAUAGAGAAUAAAUGGGCAAAUGUUUGGAUAGAGCUUGGUAUAUUGAAUGAAGUUAAAUGCUUAGAUCUAGACCUACUAGAUAGAUCUAGAUUUAUAUAGAGAAAAUAUAGAGGAUUCAGCUAUUUAGGCAAGAAUGGCUAUCCUAACCUAUACUAUACUACAAAAGAUCACCUGUAUUAGAAAUUUAUUAAAUUAAUAAACAAAAAACACAAACAUUCAACACACAUCUAAUCAUGCAAACAUAUUUAAUAAGUCUAAAAGUCUGUGUAGAAGUCACUAUCCCAGUGACCUAAUUUUGGUAGAAUAAGUGUGUUCAUAUUUUUAUUUUUUGUGUUCGUAUUUAUGCAUAGUUUUAAAACAUCUUAACUUAAUGAUUUCAUGUGAGGGACUAUGCCUGGGGAUCUUAAAAUUUAGUUAAUGUUAAUAUAUAUUGAAUACAAAUCUGAGUUUAUUGAUGCCUAAAUAUAGAGACUGUCCAAAAUAAAUUAUGGUGUCCGGAAUCAAAUAAUGUGGGUCAAAUUUGUCCGAAUUAAAUGAAAACACACUGCCUCUUUGACCUUAAAAAUAAUAGCAAAUAUAGGUUAGGGGUACAAAUAUAAGUAGUCAUCCUUAUUCUCCUUUAACUAAAGAAGAUUUUGAUACUUCAUUUUCUUUUCUAUGUCGAGCCAUUGUAAAAUAAUGCGCUGUCAAAGUCAAACUUUCAAAUUUGGGCCUAUAGGUGUUCGAAUAGCUUAAACUACUCUAUAGAGCAGGGGUCUCAAACUCUUGUAGUAACUAGACAGUCUAGAGCAGUGGUCUUCAACCUUUUUCUGCCUACUGCCCCCUUUUCAUAUUUACUUCUUUGAAAAAAAAAUGUGAAUGAAAUGUCAUUUAUUUAUUAAUUGUCAAUACCAGAUCGUUAGUUUUAUAACUAUUAUCAACAAAAUUAUGUCAAAUAACUUGAAACAUGGUGGAAUGUCCAACAAGAAAUACAAACAGACAGAAUUAAAUUUGUUUUUUAAAGCUGAAGGUAAUCAAAGAAAAACCUUAAAAAGAAAACACUCUCCUGAAAUAGAAGAAAUGUCAGGUAAAGGCUCUAAAGUGCAUGAUAGUGGGGAAUCCAAAAGACCAGAAGUUAACAGUGCUGCUAAUGCUCAGCCACAAAAUAAUGAUGCACUUGAGAAGGCUUGUAACCAACAUUCUAAAGGGGAUUCCACCUGUUCAUUAACUGGGGAAACUAAAACUGACAGAAACAGUUCAAAUAAAAAAACUGAAGUUGAUGAAACUUCAGAGGCUAAUAAUGACGAUUCUUAUUCUAAAAAAAAAGAUAAAAAUUCUUCAGAGAACAAUGGUGUUUCUUCAGAGGCUGAUAAUAAUAUUGUAAAGACUACAAAUGACAAUGAAAAGUCUUUAAAGGAAGAUGAUAUUAGUAUUAACCUUUCAAAGAAAGAUGAAAAUUCUUUAAAUGUUGAAAAUGAUUCUUCAGGAUCUAAAAAUGAACAUGGAGGUUCUUCAAAGGGUUAUGAUGAUAAUUUCAAUACAAUAGCUAAAAAUGUUUCCAAGGCUGAUAGCGAUACGAAUACUACAAAUGAAAAGUCUUAUCUUCAAAGCAGCAGCUCUUCUAAGAGCACUCCAGUUGUUCAGGAGAGAACUGAUGAUAAAAGAAAUGCCUCAAAGGAUGAUAAACAGUAUUGUCAAGAACAAAUGCAAAGAAAAAGUGAUUCAGUAAAUCCAAAGGACAUUGAAGAUGGGGUGAAUUCAAAGGGCGCAUAUUUAAAACCUUUGGAACCCAGUGAAAAUCAUAUUGUGCUUUUUGACUGCCAGGAGUCUUGGGAACCUACAUCCAUUCCUAAACCAUAUCCUUCAAAUUUGAAUCCAUCUGAAAAUCGAUAUAGACCUGACUCAAGUCAAGUUAUUAUGCCAUAUUUCUUUAAUCCUGAAUAUAAACACAAUAAAUAUGAAAAAUCCUCAUCACAGUCAAGAUGGGAGAGAAUACAAUGUGCACUUAAAAAAAAUAUUGCAGGUGUUUUUGAAUUGGAGAGUGCUAUAAAGUCUUAUAAUGUACACUUCAAGCAUAGAUGGAAUUUCGACACAUUGUAUGACUUUUUUGAAAAUCUGGACCAGCAUGAAAAGGACAUUUUUUUUCAGAAAACUCUUCCUGAAAUGUGUAAUUUAGCCCUCAGAUUAAGUGAUAUUUGCACAAAACCACUUCCUAUUUUGAAACAAAAUAAAUCAAUGAAAGUUACCAUGAGCCAACAGCAAGCAGCCAGCCUUCUUGCCAAUGCUUUUUUCUGUACAUUUCCAACCAGAAAUGUCAACACCAAAAGUGUUAGUUUACCAGACAUCAACUUUAACAAUCUUUAUAGUGGUGGUCCUGGGAAAGAGAGAAAGAUAGAGAAACUGAAAUGUUUGCUCAAUUACUUUGAGAGAGUUACUAAGAAAAUGCCAACAGGAACCUUAACAUUUUCCAGACAAUAUGAACGUGAUAACCCAGACUGGAAAAGCCUAGAAAACGAAUUUACAAAUAUGACUGUGGAUGCAGAAGGUUCCAUAGAGGAUGUUGGAACUGAAAUGCUUCAGGCUGACUUCGCUAACAAACUGGUUGGGGGUGGUGUUCUGGGUAGAGGUCUGGUUCAAGAGGAAAUAAGAUUUAUCAUAUGUCCUGAGAUGAUUGUCUCUCGGCUGUUUACUGAAACUUUAUUGGACAAUGAAGUUCUUAUUAUGACAGGUUGUGAAAGGUUUUGUAAAUACACUGGCUACUCUGACACAUUUAAAUUUGCUGGGAACUAUAUAGAUCAAACCAGCUGGGACAGCUGGGGAAGACGUAUGAUUGAUGUGGUAGCUAUGGAUGCACUUGUUGUUCGUGGCAAUCCAAGAGAUCAAUUCAAGCUUUAUCCUUUGAAAAGAGAGCUUAACAAGGCUUACUGUGCAUUUCAUGAUGUCUACAGAAAAUCUGAACAUCAAAAUGCUGGUUACCAUCCAUCUCGUGUGUGUACUGGAAACUGGGGAUGUGGUGCAUUCAAGGGAGACAAACAUUUAAAAGCUGUUAUACAGAUGAUGGCGGCUAGUUAUGCUGGACGUGAAAUCUACUACUGUACUUUUGGUGAUGCUGAGUUUACGAGAGAUUUGCAAUUGCUGCAUUCCGUGUUACAUGGAUACAACAUUAAAAUUAGUAAAAUGAUGAUGUGGAUAUCUGAAUACGAAGAAAGUCAUUCAAGGCAAACAUUGUUUGAGUUUAUUUUCAAGAAAACUGGAAGACAUGUCACAAAGUCUACAGACUCUCAGAGUACAACUAACAGUGGUGAUGAAAACUAAGAAUGCAAAUAUGUUACUUUUAUCAUUUGUAUAUAUGGAUACAUACAAACAUCCUUUAUACUAUGUUACUAAUAUUUUGUAAAUAUGUCAAUUUAUUAACAAUGAGACAUUACCUUGUCUUUUAAAUUAGGAAGUUUCAUUAAAUUAGCUGUAUAGCUAAUAUUUGUAAAUUGGAAGUUGUAUUUUUUUUUUAGUUUUUCCUCUAAUAUUAACGUAAACUUCCACAUCAGUCAUUUUUCUAGCAGUUUCCAUAAUUAUGUUUCUAGUUGGAUAUUGAUUUUUUUUUAGUCUCUAAAUCAAUUAUUUUCUUUCAUCCUCUUUAGACAGUUUAGAAAAAAUGUAAUUUAGAAAUUGAUUUUUUUUAUUAGUAUAAAAAAUAUAAUGAGUAGUUAUAGAUUUCUAAUAAGUUAAAUUUAUUUUUUAAGCAUUAACAUGGAAAUAAACAUUGUCACUAUAUGACUUUAGAUGCCUGAGUGUUACUUAAAAUUCUUCAUCUUUUGAAAGUUUUUAUUUGUUUAGAUAUUGUCUGCUUAUUAAAAUAAUUUGAUAAUAAAAUAUAUCUUUAUUUUAAAUUGUUUCCAUAGAUUUUUUUCAAACAAUUUUCUUGUUGUCAAUGUAUUUCAUUUAUAAAAAUAGUUUAAGGAAAUAACUACCUUGUCGUCUUGUCACUUAGUGACUUUGUCCAUUGUGGAUCUUUUUCUUCUACCUUAUUUAACAAUUCUCAAAGUGUUUCGCUAGGUACAAGAAUAGAAUCUUGCUUAACCCUUUAGAUGCGUGUGGUAGUUUAGCCUCAAAACACUUAUUGUACGCACUCUUGUAAAAAAAAAAACAACUCAGCACUUGAAGGGUUAAGACUGAGAUUUUGAAAUUCUGGAUUCUUAGAAACCACCCCCCUCCCUGAAUUCACCCAACUCUGAUGGGUACCUGACAUUUGUUGGGAAUAGUAAUGGCAGUUGGCCAUUGUACUGGCCACAUGACUCCCUCAUUAACCCUCAGCCAUAGAAAAAGAGGAUCUUUACAUCAUCUGAUUGCAAGGUCUGAAACGGGUACUUCACCUUAUUUUUAUGUCUCCAGAGGCAACAAAAUAGAAAAAUGCUCCAACAUACAUUUUGUUUUUAUAACUUUGUACAUUCAUACAACUAGAUGGUAUUAUUUAAGGGGGGGGGGAAUAAAGAAAUAUCAAAUUGCUUUUAUAAAAGUCUACAGUGAUGAUUUAUGCGCUAAAGAGUAUUCAGUGCUUAAAUUAAGGAUAAAAGUAUAUCUUACGCUAUUAAACAUUUGUAUUAAGGCUUUACAUAUAGAUUUUUCAAAUAUAUACUGUGGUGAUUUAGAGAAAGUACUGAAAACUAAAUAUAAAAGUUACCAUAAGAUUGCAAAUCUAUCGUAAUGAGCACCUUAAUGGUAAGAGAAACCAGUGUACAAAAUUUGAAGCAAUUCCCUUUGUUAGAUUCAGAAAUCUCUUGAUCAAUGAAUGAGUGGAAUUUUGCAUUUACAUUUAUUAACAAGCAUUACAAUUUUUUUUUUACUAUUAUCAAAGCUUUCACAUUUUUUAAGCAAAAAAUAAUUUCUGGAUUUACCUAAGAAAGAAUCUGCUUUAAAAAACUCAUUAGUUUUGAGUGCAUUUUUUAAUUGCUUAGUAUUCUUAAGCAACCAUUUUGAAGAGACUUGUGUCCUCCAUGUUGUAACUCAAUUGUUAGGACUUGUAACAAAGUUGAUUUCCUUAUCUUUUUUUGUCACUGAUAAUGAAGCUUUUUUAUAGGCUGGAUAGCAGAGAGAAUAUAUAGGCAGUCUAUAGCUGAGACAUAAAAUUAUUGAAGCAGUGUAACAUUACUAAAUUUCAAACUGUAUCAUUCCUAAAAAAAUAACCUCAAUAGUAUUUAACAUAUUUUCUAAACACCAGUUAGUAUUAUAAUUGUAAAAAUAUAUGGCACAUAAAACGGACAUGACACAAUUUUUGAUAGUAGAUAACUUUUGAUCAAAUUCAUGAUUUCAAUGUUCUUUUUGGGUACAUUCAAUAUUGGGAAUGUUGAAAUAAUGUUUGUUCCUAUUGUUCAUUGAUGCUUUAUACUUGUAGUUUUUGUGCUCUCAUUUGAAACUAACUUGUAGCCAAAUUCGAACAGAUUUGUGGAGUUUAAUUCAAGGUAUAAUAACAAGUCAGUACUGCCACCAAUGCAUCAGCUUUAGUUCACCUUGCAAAUCCUAUUUUCCAUCUACUAGUUAUGUAGUCCUCAGAACUGGAGUGCAGCUGUGUUUUAUCUUUUAUUUGGAUCAAGGUGGAAACAUUCUUGAGCAAGCUUCUUAAAACUAAGGUCUCAUGUUUUUAAGACCUUUCUUGAGCUGGUUACAAUUUUUUUUUUUUUUUUGUUUUUUUUUUCAAAUAUUUUCAUUGAAAACUUACAAAUAUCAUCGGCAUGUAAAUAAUGUUAGCUCUUUCAUGUGUUAUGGUAUUCCAGCUCUUUUAGCUGAAAUAUUGUUUGUUUUGCAUGUUUCGAAUGUUCCUUCAGAGCUGAAGAUAAUUACUUCCUAGUCCAAACCUCCUGCAGGACGACGGGGAUGGGAGCGGGCAGGGUUUGAACCCAGGACCAUCAACAAAUCUGAACGACAGUCCAAACCGCACAACCAGGCAGCCAUCCAUAUUGCUUGUUGGCAGUGCUGUAAAAAUUAAAUAAUUGCGUAUUUAUUUGUGGCGCCUGGUGAUUAUAUAUGCCCAACCUGCGAUCGCAGCUGUGUAUCAAGGAUUGGCCUCUUUAGUCACACAAAAAGUUGCAAAGGGAAAAGAUCAUCUCUCGAGACGUAAAAUGCCACAGAAUAUUUGAAAAGAUUUCUGAACACACAACUAGUAAUCAGUCCAUAACUUCACUGACAUGCAUUUUCAGCUUAAUAUCUUUAAAUGCGGAAGGAUGUUUCUAAUGUAUCUUUACAUUUAUUGUUCCACAUUUUGUUUUAUUCUUUAUUCUCACUUUCCUCUUCAGUUUUUUUUUUUUUCUGUCUUGAUGGGCUGUGUUUAUUUAUCUUUUAGUGGGAUCAACAUGGAAACAUUCUUGAGAAAGCUUGUCUUGUUGGGCGAAUAAAAUGUUAUUAAAAAUGAAAAAUUAUAUAAAAUUGUUAAAACAAUAAUAAAACAAUGUUGAUUGACUGAACAGUCAACUCUGUGAUGCUAGUAGCUACUCAAAGUAAGCAAUAGGUAAUGGGAAAAGAAUUUAAUUCAGCAGUUACUUAGUGAAUUCUAGACGAUUUUAGUUAUUAAAAAAAAGUUAUUUGA